CAAACCAAACCGUAUCAAAAAGGCGGGAAGAAACGUCGUGAGCUACUGUGUUGAUAAAGACAGUGUGAAUUUGCUCCAGUAAUAUAACUAAAAAUAAUAAUAUCACCAUAAAUUUAUUUCUAUCAAUGUCAGACAAACUUUGUACACACGAUUAAUACUAUAUAAUAUUAGUGUAUUUAUGUUUGAUGUUUGUAGUAGUUUGUAAAUUAUUUUCAAUGGAGAAACGUGCAGCUAAAAAUCUUGUUAUUUAAAAAUAUCUCUAAAAAUAAAACAGAAAUAAUAAAGAGUUGUGUGUAAUAUUGUUUUUGAAACACUUGCAAAUAAAACCCAAAUAUGAAAGAUAUUAAGCAAUAUUUUGCCAAUGGUACAAAAGUUGUGAGGAAGGAGAUAAUUGCUGACAAUUCUGGCAGUAUCAUGCAGCAAGAAGACCAAGAGGAAAUGAUCACUACUGGUAAACGUAGACGAGUAAAGAUUCGAAUAUCAAGUAAUGGCUUCAGACGAACAUGCAAUGUGGUUGAAAGUAAAAAUGAUCUAAUUGACAAAACACCUAGUCCACUCAAUAGUAAAUUAAAUGACAAAACUGUGCAAGAUGCAACACCAAAGUCCUGUGUAACUAACUCCAGUUUAAAACAAGGUUUUAAGAAGGAUUCUAAGCUUUCUACAAAAACAAAUGCAAGUCAAAGGUCUAAAACUGCAAAGAAUAUCUUACAUGAUAAAGAAAGGUUAGAUAACAAAAGUACUUUAGACUUAGACAAUUCAGAUAUACAGCAUAUCAACAUUCAGAACAGCAGAGAUAGCUCAAAUACAGAGGUUCAGAGUGAUAAUGAUUUCCAAGAAGAGUCAAAUGCUUUUCAUGUUCUAAUGAAUCAUAACAAACCAACACAGUUAUCGCCGCCGCAGCAAUCUGUAACUGAUGCCAAGAGUAAAGAAAAAUUGGAUGAUGUCAAAGAUAAGAGAUUUCAGCAUAAAGAGAAAUUAAUAGAGCUAGCUAAUAAAAAAGGUUAUUCAAAAAGAAAACUUGCAGAAAUAGAAGAAGGUGAAAGAAUAGAAAAGAUAAUAGAAAAACGUAUGAGCUUUUUCAAAAGUGACAAAGAUGAUACGCCUAAAAGAAGUGAUAACAAUGGAUUGUCAGUAAAAAGUAACAAGCCUGGUAACUUGCUAGAUUACUUUAGCAAAUCACCAUUGGAAUUGACAAGUAAAGAUGAACAAUGUGUGACUACUUUUGUUGUAAAAGCAGAUGUGCAUAGGGCAGAUAAUUCUGAUGAACUUGUAAAUACAGCAGUAUCCAAUGAGAUACAUUUGAAGAAAACCAAUAGUUCAAAGUCGAAGAUCGAUGUUUCUACGAUAAGUAAUAUUCACGUUGUAAAAUCUGAAAAUUUAUCUUUGUUGCAUACUACUAAGGAAAACAAGCAAAAGAGAGAGAAAACUUGGUCUUUACGAAUAAAACUACAUUCCCCUGAAGAUAAUAAUCCUUCAAAUGAUAGUACGGAUGAUGAAUUAUUUUCACCGAAAAGCAAAUCAAAGUUGAAUAUGUCUCGUAAGUUUCGGAAGUCUGGAAAUACAGAUGAGAAAAAUAAUAUGAUCUCUUUGAAAAAGAAUAGUCAUAAUCAUAUUAAAACCAUAAUGGAAAACAAGGAGAAAGAGAUGGACUCUGCUAACGACGUUGUUAUUAACGAUAAAAAUCAAGAUGUUGAUUCAUCUUUGGAAAAAUCUUCUGAAAAUAGACAAACAAAAGAACAGAUUAAUAAUAUAGAUGAAACAAUCACGUUGAACGAUUCAGAUUGUGAAAUUAUUAAUGAAAACGUUUUGAAGAGAAAAAAACCGAAUGAGAAACUGGCGCCUUUGUUCAUUAAACGACGUAAAACGGAUCCUGUCAUCGCGGCGGCUAAACAAUUGUUUUUGCACUCGGAUAUGAUUGACAUAGAAAUUAAAAAUAUAAAUUGCAAGACGAACAACAGUAGCGUAUCUAAGUUUCUGUAUCCUACAAUCAGUCACGUGACACAACUGAAAAGUUUGGAAAAUUUGAAUCCGACUAAAUCGGAGAUCAAACAUAAAUUUUCGUUGAAGAUCAAAAAUAAAUAUUUGCCUUCGAUAGACAUUAACGAUUAUAAAUUUAUUAUUAAUCAUGAGAAAUUAGUGCGUAUACCUGACACGAAAAGUGAACCAGAAAAAGAAGAUCUCGAUCAAGUGUUAUCCGAAAUCGAGGAGUUUUGUUCGGACACUCGGGAAUUAUGGAAAAUUAUAUCGACGAUCAAGAAUGAUUCGGCGAAGAGAUCGCCGUCUCGAACGAGAAACAAAAAAUCGAGAUUGUUCGAGCAAAAUAAAACAGUCGCGAGAAACGAGGAGAAUAAAUUGCACGAUUGCGUAUGGACGUGUAAAUAUAAACCGAUGAGCGUGCAAGAAAUAGUUGGGAACGAAGAGGCCGCGGGAAAGCUGAAAACCUGGCUAAUUGGCUGGAGAGCGUCCUUAAAAACGAAUAACGACGAUAAUAGCAGCGACGAGUUUUACUCGUCGGACUGUAGUUAUUCUUGCAACAACGAGAAUAAUCAGAUAGCUGUGUUAUUAGGACCACACGGUAGCGGAAAGAGCGCGAGUGUUUACGCGAUAGCGGAGGAACUCGGCUACAGUGUUUUGGAAGUGAACGCGUCGUCUAAACGGACUGGAAAGAGAAUUUUGAAAGAAUUGGAGGAAGCCACGAAGUCACACCGGGUAAAAAAACAUAAGCACAAAUUUCCGCUCAAACAAGUCGCAAACACGAGCAAGAGCAAAGAGCCAAAAAUAUCACAAAACUCUUUAAUCCUUCUGGAAGAUAUCGAUCUCAUUUUUGAGGAAGACGAGGGAUUUGUUUCCGCUACGUAUCAGUUGGCGUUAAAUACUAAACGACCGAUUGUCAUGACGUGCAGAGAUAUGUGUCCUCACUUGAAUAAAAUGGCCCCGCAACAAAAUAAGAUUUACUUUCAGAAAGUAAAUGGCAACAGAGUGUCCGCCCUACUGCAAUUAAUUUCACUGGCAGAAAAGGGUUACAGACUUCCGCAUAAUUGUCUAAUGAAAUUACUACGCGCGGGAGAUCUACGACAGGCGCUUCUUCAGUUGCAAUAUCUGCUACUGUCAGGUCCACCGACAUUAUCCGAGCAAUCAAUGGUUGUAAACUCAUCGCUUUGGCAGGAUGUACAAUAUCACUUGUACAAGCCCGUGAUCAAGUUAGAUAAGAAGCGUAAAACAGAAAAAAAAAAUAAAAACACGAAAAAAUCCAAUACCGCGUGUAUACUGGACAAUUUGGCAGAUGAUUUGGACAAUAUAUCUCUGGCGUCAUCUUUACUCGACACUGAAGACACGACAUUGAGUGUAUCGGAAGAGAAAUCGCAACCCAACUUAUCUUUGACCGAAAGUGUAUUGCUUUAUUCUGCUUCGCGUGAUUUGAACACAAACAUAGCGAAUUUUUUAAGCAAUCAAAUGCUAUAUAAAAACUCGAAACCAAACGAAAACAUGCAAAGUCAAAGCAAUAUUAUUCUAAGAAAGCAAUUGAACCGAGGAGUGGAUCAAGCUCUGUCACAAGUUACAUCUACGUGCUUAGAUCGACGAAUCAUGGCACUGGAUUAUCUUCCAACCGCUAGAACAAUAUGUCGCGCGGAGGAAUCACGCUUCGCCAUCACUAAUAAACGGGGUAAUAGAUUUUUUCAUUAUCUUCGUAGUCUCGAGAACGUAUCGGCUGUGUGGAUGAAGCCAAAUAUUUUAGCUGCCGCGUGCAAAACGUUACAAGAAAAAGUUAAUAAAACCACAGCUCUGCAAACGUAGUGUCAAUAUACUUUCAUCGCGUCAUCAUCUUUUUGUGUACUGCUGUAUAUACAUACAUAUGUGUAACACAUAUACAAUCGGGGUUUAAUUUUUUCCCAUAUCAUUACGAUGUAUCUGUAUGUAACACGACGUAUCUGUGUCGUCUAUAAAUGUCAUAGUUUUAUUUUUCUCUUCUCAAUGCUUUUUAAUAAAAAUAUUUUAUUUUUACAUUUUUUCACCAGUCUAUUUCUUUCCAUGCAUUUUGCUUUUUUUACAGUUUAGUAAAAGAAGUGCAAAAGCAUGCGUGCUUGGAAUCUUAUAUGUGUUAAAUUAAAUAUUUAUAUAUUAUCUUGUUCUAU